CGUAAGCUGCUAUAUGUGGACGACAUUGUCCUCUGGUCAUUUUAGUCUAAAAUACGCAUCUAUCCAUAUUCAGGGGAGAUAAUCCUCUCUUUUUUUUUUAACUUUGUCAACAACAUGUCGGCCGGUUCAUAAAAGAUGUCCUCAUUUGAAUGUUUGCCUUAUUAUGCUGAAGGAACAGUUGUUACAGGAUUUGGACGUGGAAGUAAAGAACUAGGCAUACCAACAGCUAAUUUUGCAGAAGAUGUUGUCAAAAAAUUGCCCGAAAAUUUUCAUUGUGGUGUUUAUUUUGGAUGGGCAAAAAUUAAAAGUAAUGGCAAUGUUUUCAAAAUGACCAUGAGUAUUGGUUGGAAUCAUUACUACCAUAAUCAAGUGAAAACCAUGGAAACGCAUAUACUUCAUACGUUUGACGAAGAUUUUUAUGGUGACCACCUGAAAAUUAUUGUUCUUGGCUACAUAAGAGCAAUGUUAAACUUUAAUUCACUAGAUGACUUAAUUGCUGCCAUAAAAAAUGACAUAGCGGAGUCAGACAAAAAACUGGAACAACCAGAAUUUAAAAAGUUCAAGGACGAUUUAUUUUUCAAAGAACCUACAGUACAACCUGAUGAAUUUGAAUGCACGCAAGGAUUGGUUGGUCCUGCAACUAUUUCAGAAGACAAUUUAUGCUCCGAAUAUCCUUUAUGUAUUGAUACCAGUAAAAUUUCUUUAUGUAGAAGUCAUUCUGUGGAUUUGGAAAAAUCAAGCUCUAACAGGCUCAUUAACGGUAGUCUCGAAAGCCAUGGAAAUAAAACACUUUGCAUAUCAAACUUGAAAAUAAAAAAUUCAUUUUUAAGUGAAAAUAAAUCAAGCAGUGAAGUAGUAAAUGAACCAAAUUGUCAGAUAAGCUGUGAUACUGAUUUCAGUAUAUGAGUUUGAUCACUAUUUAAAACAAAGAUUUUGUUAUAGAAAUAAUAUUUAAAACACUGGGAUUUGCAUUCUUUGCACGACUGUAUUUAUUGAAAUGUCUUCAAACGUGACUCAAACAACACUUUAAACUGUAAUAGUGAAUACAAUUUAGCAUAUUCAUAUUAUUUCCUCUCCUAAGUUUAAAAUGUCAUAGAACCAAAAAAAAAAAAAAUUUUUUUUACAACUUUACUAUUUUCGCUUUAGGAAGUACUAUGAAAUACUAAACAAGAAUUCUGUUGUUGUUUUUUUAUUACAUAAAUUGAUUGAAAUAUCCUAAUUACUGAUAAUCCUUUAACAUGUUUAAAAUAAUUAGCAUAAUAGAAUUAAACCCAACAUUUUUUGUUAUAAAAUUGUUAUUCAUUACAGCUAUAUUAGAUUAUAUUUAUUAAAAUAGGAAAGAAAAUAAUUAUUUCUUAGAAUUUACUUUACAUGCAUUGACAGUUAAAGAAUUUUGCUUUUUAAUACCAUAUGUAAAUUGCACUUUUCUUUACUUAUGAUAUGUCGUACUAAUUUUUAUUUUUGUUAUUGUUAUAUUUGUUUUAUUGAUAUAUUGCCCUGCAGGUGUGAUUUAUUUAUUUUUAUUUAAGCAGUUGAUAAUAUCAUCGAUCAUAUUUCAUAAAUAUUUCAGUGCACUUUACAGUGACAUAUUGAAAGAAACAUUUUAUAAAAAGUAAAAUAAUAGUUCAUUUCGAUCUUUUUUAAAAACAUGUUUUUGAUAGUUUUUCUUUUAAUAAAUGAGAAAAUACUUUUGAUUAGGAAAUAAUUCUAUAUACCCAAAUAUCAUUGGAGUAACUUGAUCUGUUCAAACCUGGGUAUUACAUACUAUGUAGGUUGUCACAUCUCCGUUUACUUACUUAGCACAAUUCUGAGUUGCAUAUCUCUAUAAAUAAAGGAAAUUAGUUCUUAACGUG